AUGAAUGCGACACUUGACUCUAGGGUGACUGAAGAGCCACAGGUGCAUGAGAAAAGAACAUUGGCUGAUGUGGAUUCCAUGAACGGGAUCGUUGGAGAGCCCUUGUAUUCACCGGAGGUCUUCGGCAGUAGCAGUGCUGGAGAAUUCAUGCGCCAGAUCAAAGCGGGAAUCGAUGCUCGACUAGGCCUCGUUCAAUCUACGGCAUCAAUUGCCCAGGAACCAUCUCCGUUGCCGUUCCCGGCCGUCCACCGGGACCGGACAAAUUACGGGGAAGACUCGCGACACUUCACCCUACCCCCCCGAGGAUUAGCGGAUCGCUUGAUGCUGGCAUAUUGGGAUGCCAAUUGGGCCCUAUAUCCUCUAGUCAACCGAUCUGAGGUAGAAGCGGACUACAAAGCGGUAUGGUCUGGAGGUGAUCUGCAGUACAAUGAGUAUACCACCAUGUGUAUUCUCAAUACGUGCUUUGCACUGGGAUGUCAAUAUUCCGAUGCUGUUCCUACAGAGCAGCGGAGACGCGCCGGUGCCGAGUAUUUCACUCGUGCACGACAUCUCCAGAUAAAUUCUACUGAUCAAGUGUCUGUCGAGGCCGUCCAGUGCCUGCUACUUAUGGGAUCUUACCUCCAAACUACCAGUGAGGUUCAUGAAUGCUGGAUGAUGGUUGGGAAGGCCAUACGCAUAGCACAGAGUAUAGGACUCCACCAGCCCCGAUACUGGGACCAUCAGGAUUCAAUACGUCGAAGGGAGUACGCGAGACGAGCGUGGUAUGGCUGCGUGUUUAUGGAUAGAGUUUUGUCUAUGACGUUCGGCCGACCAGCAAUGACUCCGGAAUGGCUCUCGAAUGCAGUGCCUCUUCCCGCAAUGAUAGAUGAUGAGUAUCUCGAUACUCAGAAAGAAGGGUCUGCAAAUAGUCCCGACGGCAAUCCCUGUGUUAUGGCGUUUGCUGUCAAGGCUCUCCAGCUUUAUGGCAUCAUGAAUGAUAUUCUUUUGACGCUGUACACGAGGGACGAGGAGCAGAAGAGAAGUACUCGAGAAUUGGCCAGGAUCCUAGAGUUGGAUGAGCAGCUUCAAAGCUGGCAUGACUCUAUUCCCUCAUUUCUGUAUAUGUCGUCAGAUUCACAGCGCAGCAUCAUCUUCCAAAGGCAAGCCUUUAUACUUCGUAUACGCUACUUGCACAUCCGCAUACUUCUACUACGCCCCAUCUUAGCACGACCUUGGCACCAGUCAACCCCGCGUCGUGCGGCGAAUUCAGAUGAUAGCCUAGGAAAAAUUAUGCUAGAUCAGGGGUCAUUAGUCUGCUUUCAGGCCGCACACGAGCUUAUCAACAUCUUCAAGACCAGCCCAGACCUUGAGAGCCUGUCAGGUACACUUCCGGGUUGGUGGUAUUCCAUUCUUUAUCUAUACACUGCGGCUACGGUCGUUUUGGCCGAAAAGCUCAAGAACCACGGAUCGGAAGUGGAAUCAUCUCCUUCGAACUCCCAGGACUUAAAUUCCUGGGACGAUGUCAUCUCUAUACUGAGGCGUUAUGGCAAGGUGGGGGAAAUAGCAAAGAGAUGCGUUGCCGCCUUAGAAAUAUUGGCUGCGAAAAUCUCCCCCGGCGCUGCCGUGGCUAAUGGUCAGGGCACUGACGAGCCGGGGCAUGAGGAGGACGUGAGCUUGGUCAACCCGCAUUGCGGACUCGAUGUGAACUGGGAAAGCGUCCUCUCGACAUUGGAUGUUGACAGCAUGACCUGGCUAAGCUCGAUGUCAGCGGAUCUUUACUGA